UGCAGCCAUAUUCGGCUUCACGGAGCAGCGCGCCGGCCAGGACGAGCUAGCGCAGGGGGUAUCUGCCGAUUGGAGGGCCACCGCUCCCUAAAAUUUUUGUUGGGCAUAUUUAUGUACUUUAAUAGUGUUUGGAUUGUUUUAUCUGUGGCAAAAAAACGAUUUUUGGGAUAUUCGGCUAAAAGAAUGGAUGUCCGCUCAACCUGAGAUUCGACGGGAUUAAAAAAUCCCGACAUUCCCGUUUUUGAAAGUGGAAAGUGCGGAUUUUUUUGAGGGGGGGAGGAUUAACGUUAGUUCACGCCAAUGGAGCCCGCGGGGCCCCGUGUGUGAAAAGUGAAGACAUUUUCGCGCAGCAACGGGUCGAGACAUUUAAGAUAGAGGCUCGUUUGGCAAACCGAACAUAAUGUCAGGCUUAUUUUGCUAGCUAGCUAGCUAGCCGAGUAGCUAGCUGGCGAGUUGGAGUCUGGGGCUUCAGUGCUCCACAUCGGCUAGACAGGCAGAUAGACAGCGCCGGGCCGCCUUCCCUGCUCGUGUCGGGGAGCUUGUUUAUCGGUUAAGGGAGUGGUAGUCGCGCCGCUGACUGAGUGCGAAAAAUGUCUGCGAAGGUGCGUCUGAAGAAGUUGGAGCAGCUGCUCCUGGAUGGCCAUCAGAAGAAGGCAGGCUCGCUCAGUGUGGAGACAUUGUUGGAUGUCUUGAUAUGUUUGUACAACGAAUGCAGCAGUUCGCCACUGAAACGGGAAAAACAUGUGGCAGACUUUUUGGAAUGGGUGAAGCCGUUCACCACCACAGUGAAGGAGAUGCGUCUUCACCGGGAUGACUUCGAGAUGCUCAAAGUUAUAGGCAGGGGUGCUUUUGGAGAGGUCGCCGUGGUGAAGAUGAAAAACACAGAGCGGGUUUAUGCCAUGAAGAUUCUGAACAAAUGGGAGAUGCUGAAGCGGGCUGAGACGGCCUGUUUCAGAGAGGAGAGGGAUGUUCUGGUGAAUGGAGACUGCCAGUGGAUCACCACCCUGCAUUACGCCUUCCAGGAUGACAACUACCUGUACCUGGUGAUGGACUACUAUGUAGGCGGAGAUCUGCUGACGCUUCUCAGCAAGUUUGAAGACCGGCUGCCUGAGGACAUGGCCAAGUUCUAUGUGGCAGAGAUGGUGCUUGCCAUUCACUCGAUCCACCAGCAGCACUAUGUGCACAGGGACAUAAAGCCCGAUAACGUGCUGCUCGACAUGAACGGCCACAUCCGCCUCGCUGACUUCGGUUCCUGCCUGAGGAUGAUGCAAGAUGGCACGGUCCAGUCUUCAGUAGCGGUGGGAACCCCAGACUACAUCUCGCCUGAGAUCCUGCAGGCCAUGGAGGACGGCAUGGGCAAGUAUGGACCUGAGUGCGACUGGUGGUCUCUCGGCGUGUGUAUGUACGAGAUGCUCUACGGGGAGACGCCCUUCUACGCAGAGUCUCUGGUCGAGACCUAUGGCAAGAUCAUGAACCAUGAGGAGCGCUUCCAGUUCCCAUCCCACAUCACGGAUGUGUCGGAGGAGGCCAAACACCUGAUCCAGCGGCUCAUCUGCAGCCGGGAACGACGGCUCGGCCAGAAUGGCAUAGACGAGUUCCGGAAGCAUCCCUUCUUCUCUGGCAUCGACUGGGAGAACAUCCGCUGCACUGAGGCUCCCUACAUCCCCGACGUCAGCUCUCCCUCCGACACGUCCAAUUUCGACGUGGACGACGACGUCCUGAAAAACCCGGACAUCGCUCCUCCCGUUUCUCACACCGGCUUCACCGGCCAGCACCUUCCCUUCGUGGGCUUCACCUACACCACUGAGAGCUGCUUCUCCGACCGGGGCCGCCUGCGACUGGCCGCACUGGCUGACGGAGGCUCGGGGCAGGAGGUGAGGCGGGACGAUGACGGGGGUCUACCGCUGGAGGCCUUCGAGAGGAGGAUCCGCUCCCUGGAGCAGGAGAAACAGGAGCUCAGCCGCAAACUGCAGGAGUCCACCCAGGCUGCUCAGUCUCUACACGGCCGUGGGGCAGGCACACUGGGUCGCGACAAAGAGAUUAAAAAGCUCAACGAAGAGAUUGAUCGCCUCAAGAAGAAACUGGCAGACUCCGAUAGACUGGAACACCAGCUGGAAGAGGCGGUUACCCUGCGCCAGGACUACGAGAGCUCCUCCACCAAGCUCAAGGCCCUGGACAAGCAGGUCAAAGCCUUGCGGCAGGAAAAGGAGGACAUCCAUAAGCAACUGGUGGAGUCUCUGGAGCGGCUGAAGUCCCAGACAAAGGAGUUGAAGGACGCCCACCAGCAGCGGCGACUGGCCAUGCAGGAGUUCUCGGAACUGAACGAGCGCAUGGCCGAGCUGCGCUCGCAGAAGCAGCGCCUGUCGCGCCAGCUCCGCGACAAGGAAGAGGAGAUGGAUGUGGUCAUGCACAAGAUGGACGCCAUGCGUCAGGACAUCCGCAAGACCGAGAAGGCCCGCAAAGAGCUUGAAGCUCAACUGGAAGAUGCUCGCGGGGAGGCUUCAAAGGAGCGGAAGCUGCGUGAGCACAGUGAAGUGUACUCCAAACAACUGGAGGGCGAGCUGGAGACAUUCAAGGGCAGCGGUCGAUCCUUGGGCGUGAGUGUGGUGACCCAGCAGGAGCUGACCAAGGCCAAGUCUGAGCUAGAUAAGAAGAUGCUGUUCUACGAGGAGGAGCUGGUGAGGCGUGAGGCCUGCCACAACACUGAGCUGAAGAACCUGCGCAAGGAGCUGCAUGACUCAGAGAGCCAGCACCUCUCCAUGAACAAGGAGCUGCUCAUCCUCAGGGACAAGCUGGAGAAGGCCAAGAGGGAACGGCAAACGGAGAUGGACGAGGCGUUGGGCGCUCUAAGGGAGAAAUAUGAACGUGAGCGUAACCUGCUGUCUGAGGAGAACCGCAAGCUGACCUCAGAAACGGACAGGCUGUGCACAUUUGUGGACAAACUGACCGCCCAGAACAGACAACUAGAAGAUGAGCUGCAGGACCUCACCUCCAAGAAGGAGAGCGUGGCCCACUGGGAGGCGCAGAUUGCCGAGAUCAUACAGUGGGUGAGCGAUGAGAAGGAUGCUCGUGGCUACCUGCAAGCUCUGGCCUCCAAGAUGAACGAGGAGCUGGAGUCCCUGCGCAGCUCCAGCCUCGGAUCCAGACACCUGGAUCCUCUGUGGAAGUUGCGCCGCAGUCAGAAGGUGGACAUGUCUGCCCGAUUGGAGCUGCAGUCUGCUCUGGAGGCAGAGAUCCGAGCCAAGACUCUGGUCCAGGAGGAGAUGCGAAAGAUCAAGGCUGCCAACAUCUCCUUCGAAAGCAAACUGAAGGACACGGAGGCAAGGAAUCGGGAGCUGGAGGAACAGCUGGAGGGCCUGAAGAAAGAUCUGGAGGAGAGCCGUACGCGCUCAGACAGAGGUUUAAAACUCCCAGACUUCCAGGACUCCAUCUUUGAGUACUUCAACACCUCUCCCCUGGCCCAUGACCUGGCGUUCAGGGACUCUGUCUCUUCCUCAUCCGCGUCUUCACUGCUAGCAUUUUGGGAAGAAACCAGCUCAGUCAGUGAGGCUGACGCCACGCCUCAGAAACCAGACCUUCCUCCAUCCUCACCUUCAGUGGUUUCAGAGCAGGAUUCUUGUCAGGAACCAGCGAAGCCCCAGACUGCUCCACCACCCACCCCGUCUCUAGCAUACCAGUCUUCGAUGCUCACAGCACCAAAGCCUAAAGCUCACCAGCUGAGUAUUAAGACUUUCUCCAGUCCAACCCAGUGCACCCACUGCACUUCUCUGAUGGUGGGCCUAAUCAGACAGGGCUACGCCUGUGAAGUUUGUUCCUUCAUCUGUCACGUGUCCUGUAAGGACAACGCUCCUCAAGUGUGCCCUAUCCCACCAGAGCAGGCCAAGAGGCCGCUGGGUAUCGAUGUGCAGAGGGGUAUUGGCACAGCCUACAAAGGCUUUGUCAGGAUCCCGAAGCCAAGUGGGGUGAAGAAGGGCUGGCAGAGAGCAUACGCCGUGGUGUGUGACUGCAAGCUCUUCCUGUAUGAGGUCCCCGAAGGGAAGUCCACACAGCCUGGUGUGGUGGCCAGCCAAGUUCUCGACCUCAGAGAUGAGGAGUUCUCUGUGAGCUCUGUGCUGGCAUCCGAUGUGAUUCACGCCACUCGUAAAGACGUUCCCUGUAUAUUCAGGGUGACGUCAUCCACGCUGGGCUCACCGGUGCGGGCGGUGUCCCUGCUCAUUCUGGCUGAGAGCGAGGGGGAGAAGAGGAAGUGGGUGGGCAUCCUGGAGGGUCUGCAGAGCAUCGUGGCCAAGAACCUCCUGAAGAACCGUGUGGUCCACGUCCUGCACGAGGCCUAUGACAGCAGCCUUCCAGCCAUCAAAACCACGCUCUCCGCAGCUGUAGUCGAUCGAGAGAGAAUUGCAUUGGGCACAGAGGAGGGCUUGUUUGUGGUUGAGGUCACCAGAGAUGUCAUCGUCCGUGCUGCAGACUGCAAGAAAGUCCACCAGAUCGAUCUCAUCCCCAAAGAGAACAUAGUUGUGCUGCUGUGCGGCCGAAACCGCCAUGUGCACCUCUACCCCUGGGGGGCGCUGGAGGGUGCCGAGGCUGCCUUCGAUGUCAAGCUGGCGGAGACAAAAGGCUGCCAAGCCCUGACCACGGGCGUGCUGCGCUCAGGAGGGCCCGCCUGUCUACUGGCAUCCGUGAAGCGGCAGGUGCUGUGUUACGAAAUAACGCGUGCCAAGCCGCACCACCGCAAGCUGUGGGAGGUGCAGGCCCCCGGCGUGGUGCAGUGGCUGGGCAUGGUGCGCGAGCGGCUGUGCGUGGGCUACCCAUCGGGCUUCGCCCUGCUUGCCUUGCAGGGUGAGUCGUCACCCGUGAGCCUGGUGAGCCCCGGGGACCCGUCGCUGGCCUUCCUGGCCCAGCAGCCCCUGGACGCGCUGCACGCCAUGGAGGUGGGCGCCAAGGAGCUGCUGCUCUGCUUCAGCCAGCUGGGUGUGUACGUGGACGCACAGGGCCGCCGCUCACGCACCCAGGAGCUCAUGUGGCCCGCCACACCCCUUGCCUGCAGCUCAAACUCCACUUACCUAACUGUGUACAGCGACUACGGAGUUGAUGUGUUCGAUGUGCACACCACAGAAUGGGUCCAAACUAUUUCAUUAAGAAAGAUCAGACCCCUGAAUGUGGAGGGUAGUCUAAACCUUCUGGGUUCAGAGCAGCCCCGCCUCAUAUACUUCAGCAACAACUCUGCAGAAGGCUGUGACCUGACUAUCCCCGAGACCUCAGACAACAGCAAGAAGCUGAUGGUGAGAACGCGCAGCAAGAGGAAGUUCCUCUUCAAGGUCCCCGAAGAGGAGCGGCUUCAGCAGCGGAGGGAGAUGAUGAAGGACCCAGAAAUGAGGUCCAAGCUGAUCUCCCACCCCACCAACUUCAACCAUGUAGCCCACAUGGGUCCAGGGGAUGGCAUGCAAGUGCUGAUGGAUCUGCCUCUGCAGCCGAGCGAGACUCCCUCCCCCUCAUCCUCUCGCCACCACGCCCUGAUCUCCCCUCCGACCAACUUUGAGCACGUCUAUCACAUGAGUCCUGUCUCUGCCGGGCUUUAUCUGCAGAAAGAGCCCUCCUCCCAACAGAGCCUGCCUCAACUCUCCUCCUCUUCCUCCUCACCUUCCACCUCCUCCCUCGGAAGGAGCAUCUUGCCCUCUUCUCAGGAUGACCCGAUUAAAGACAAGCCACGCCCACUCUCUAGUAUUUCACGGCAACAGAGGAGUAAGACCCACAUCACACGCACUGCCUCGGGGGGUGGUGAUUUUAUAGGUGCAGGCUCAUCUCGGAAUAUCUCAGAUCCAGAUGCAGACUUCGAGAGAGAGCCUGACUCGGAUUCCACCAAGCACUCGACCCCCUCCAACAGCUCCAACCCCAGCAGUCCCCCGAGCCCCAACUCCCCCCACCGCAGCCAGCUCACCCUGGAUGGCCUGGAGCACACCCUGGAUGGCUGAGCGUCGAAGUGGGCCCGCCUCCACACGCACCUCUUCACUUCCUUACUCGCUGUUCCUCCCACCCCUGGUCCCUCAGUUAGAACUUGCUACAAAGUGCCAAGUUUCUCAGCCUCUCGUCUCCCUCGGUUUUUAAAUCUGUGUACCAACUACACGGUCACAGGCAAAACUCUCCCCACUACUUGUUUCUUGGCAGGAGAUUUAAAGCAUCCUCCGGAUGGAACUGAGAUCCUGAGUCACAGUGGGGAAACUUCUGUAUUGUGCUCCUGGUAGAAUGCGCCACCUGGCUCAUUGCAAGGGGUCCUCUGUGAGAAUCAGAGCUUUCGCCAGGGCUAGCCACUGGACGUGCAUAAAGCCUGCCCCCUGCUGGAGCAAUGGGUGUAGUAUAGCUAACAGGGUCUAAUCAUUAGUACAUUGAUUGGAGUUUUUUUGUUUUUGUUUUUUGCUUUUUGUUGUUUUUUUUUUGUUUUUGUUUUUUUCAGUUCCAUGCCCUUUUCCUGUGAGGGUUUCUCUUUAUUUUUAACUCUGUAGAUAAAUGGAUAAUGUUAAAAAUGCCAGGAAAUCUGAAGCUCGCAGAAAAUUGGUAAUCAUGAACUGCUCUGAUCAUGAAAACGUUUUCUUCUUAAAAUUACAGACUUGAGGGAAAAGAGACUUCUUUGCUGUUUUUAAGUGUAAGAUAUUUGAAUGGAUGUGUUCACUUGACGCACAGCGGUAGGAAGGAACUGAAGACUUCAUGAGCCUAGAGACCAAGGACAAAUACAUGCCCAACUAACCCAGCUGGACCAGUAACCAAACUUCUUUUUGAUGUUUUUUGAUCAGUGACACUUCUCUCUCUGUCUUGUCUCAGUGUUGGCUCAGACCAGUUAUAAAGAGGCUUUGACACUUAUCAGACUGUGGGGAUUUUAAGCCAAACCAGUGGGCACUUUUAUUGUAAUGUAAUUUCUUUUUUUCCUUUUCCCUAAUUCUGCAUUUUCAGCCAGACUUUGUAAUAUUCAUGUUUUAACCUAGACAUUUGACACACACACAAAAAAUAUAUUUAGCUGGUGGAACCGCUCAUUACCCGAAUAAUAAAUAAGCAAGGAUAAGAAAUUAAAGCGGACAAGAACAAGACUUUGCAUAUAGAUAAGCAUUCUAACAAGUGAACUGGCACACAGCUAAAGGACCACACUAUUCAUAGGAUUUCAAUAGUUCUUCUGAAACUGCUGCUGCUUUUGUGUGCUAUGUAAAGGAACAAAUAUGUGAUAAGAUUCUCUGCAUAGCUGUGCUCAGUCCCCCAAUUUUUAAAUUGUUGCAAUAUGGAGUGCCUGCAGGCAACCACGUGUGUUUCUCAAACAUGGACAUUAUUGUUAAAUCUGAAGUGAUCAUGUAUGUGUUGGAAUCAGUGGUCUGCAGCAGGAGAGCUACGGGCAUGUCUGCCAUAUCCGUGUUCCCACUUGUGUGCCUUCAGUGCCGUUUGCGUUACAGCGACAUGUCCGCUAAAGCAUUUCAGUUGUUUUUAACAGGAAAAAAAAAAAAAACAGGUUAAUGGUGAUGUUUUAUUUUGUUUUCUCUGCCCCUGAAACACUGUAUGAAACUUGCACAUGAACACAUUUUAGUCCAAGGAAACUUUUUUUUUUCUUUUUUUUUUUUUUUAAAUUUGUCGGUGGUCUUUUCUGUUCCAGUUUCCUGCUCCCUUUCACUGACUUCUUCUAAAGAUGGGACUUUAUCCUCAAAACACUACUGCUUUUUAUUUCAGAAGAAAAAUCACAGGUUGGAAUCUUUGUAAUUAUUGAAUUGUUAGCCUCAUAAAUUUGAACAAACAAUAAAAGAGUAUCUGUUGUG